AAUUAAGGAAUGCAAGAUAUCAUCUAGUGUAUCAAUGAUAAUGAUACAUUAUUCACAAUAAGGGAUUAUUUAAUUUGUUGCAUUCAAAAUUGAAAUUUAGCCAAUGUUUGGAAAACAAAAACGGCGAUCGAGUUUUAAACGUGACAGUGUAAACAGUGCUUCUUUGUUUUGCAGAAACUGACAUUUAAUGUACAGUCUGCUCCCGAAUUACGCGGUUUGUGCGUUGCCGAGGAAACCUCGUAACUUGAAUAUUAGCGUAAGUCGAAUUUCGCGGUUUUCGGCCAAAACACAGUUAAUAAUUCGGUAAUUUUUAUUGAAUUUAGUACUUUUAUACACUUUAUCACUUCUUCAAUACGAUUCGUGCCGAACUUUCUGAUACUUUUAGCUAUUAAGUCGAUUAAAUUUAGCAAUACGGCCUUUUUGGACCGCUACUCCUGAAUAAAAAAAAAUAAGUCGAUUAAGUUUAUUAAUAAAAAUGCAAUUUAUACUGCAUUUGACAAUUCUCAAUUAUUCUUCAAUUAUAUUGAUUUGACAUUUGAUUUGUCAAAUUUAGAAAACCUCGUAUCUCCGAAUCCGCGUAACUCGGGAACAGACUGUAAUGUUGUAAGGUAAUGUAAUGUAAAUAAACAUACUAACACACGGCAUCCGAACCAGAAAAGAUUCUACAGAAGUUACAGAAUUCUGGUGAAAGUAAAUAACUAUCCUACAUGCUGUUACCCAGCAAUGGAAAUAAUUUGCUUGUGCUGUUUAGCCGAAACAACCCCUACGUACAAAAUUACAACAAGAUGUGAAUUUAGAGGGGACGAAAGCUGUGAAAAUAAUCAGCCUGUUAAAACCAUGGAGUUGGGCGAACUUUACACACAAUUUACACAGCUUCCUGCAACGUUAGAAAUACCAUCAAGAGCGAACCAAUUAAUGUGUGACAACAUUUGUUCGCGAUGUGUUGGAAUGCUUAAGGAAUUCUACAUAUUUCGGAUGACAGCACUAAAAACCCGUGAAGAACUGCAGACGAAAGCAAACAUUGCCAAAAUUAUAAGUAAUUUAGAGCUUAAUAUCGACGAAGCAGUUGGAGCAGCUGACUAUCCCAAAGAAGAUUAUGCACAAACCGUGCCGAAAAUCGAGCACUGUGAAAGUCCGUCUAAUAAUGGCGAUGGAAUGUUUGGUUGUAGCAUUUGCUCGAAAAGAUUUAAGCAACGCAAGCUGUUGAAAAGGCACGCCGAGAUUCAUUCAGCGCAAAAAAACUACCAUUGCCAGUACUGCGAAAUGUCGUUUGCAGCAAAGGUGUCCUGCUAUAAUCAUGAGCUCAGAGUACACAGGAAGCUGUUAAAACCGAACGAAGAAAAAAAGAAUGCUAAAAGGGAAAAUUCGCUAUCUUCUGUUAGCAAAAGAAAACUCACCAAACUUGACCCGCAUAAAAAAUCGAAACACCACGAAGAAUCAAAACCGCUUAUCCAACAACAAAAGUUCCAGUGUGAACUCUGUGGCAACAGAUUUACUAGGAAAUCUUCCUUGAAAGAUCAUAAGCUGAUACUGCACGCUGGUGUGAAGCAACACUGUUGUCAGAUAUGUAAUCGUACAUUCGGCAGGGAAGAUUCAUUAAACACGCAUAUGGCAUUGCAUGUGGGGAAAAAAUUUCGCUGCAAACUGUGUAGCAAAUCGUUCGCAAAAGGCAACUUUUUGCGAAAACAUCUCGAGGAACAUGAGAUGCCUGAUAGCAAACGAAAGUAUGCCUGCACAGUUUGCUCCAAAAAGUUCACCACAGUGAGUCAUCUGAAUGACCACGUGCUAAUUCAUAGCGACAAAAAGCCACACAAAUGUAGCGAUUGUGGUAGAAGUUUUCGUCAAAAGCAGCAGCUUAAAGUACAUGCUUAUCAACACGUAGGCAAACCUUUUCGAUGUGCGUAUUGUAAUUUGGCUUACACAUCGCGAUCUCGGCUUCAAACGCACGUGAAUAAACACCAUUCAAAUGAAGAAGUACAAUCUGGUAAUAAAAUAGCUACUGCAGUAGACACUGGCAAUUUGCUGCAACCUGAUUUCGGAGAUAAAGCAGUAAACGAGGAAAUAUUGAAUGAAAUAUGCUAUCAAAUCAAUUCCAAUCCCAUCAUUUUGGAAAACAUUGAAGCUGGUGGUGUUAACCUCAUCUGCAACGAAAAUAUUGUCUUUUUGAACGAAUAAAUUAUGCUUAGCAAUGUAAGAUGAUAUGGGGUUUGUUGAAAAACAAUACAGCCAUUUGCCUGUGUUUGCUGGUCCAAAAUACGGAGGAUAAAACAUACAAUAAAAACAAAGCAAAGUACAAUAA